AUGCGCGGCGAAGACGUUUCGUGCCGCGAUGUUUCGGGGUUCCAGACGCGCGACGCGAGUGGCGUUUCGUAACGUUUAACGGAUUUUAUGUAACAACAUCGACAGACCCGUUAAAAACGGUUCGAAGUAAACGCAGCGCCGCCGCGGCAACUUCGUCUCCGGCCGUCCGGCACGCCACGGGCGGGCGGUCGGGUGCGCGGGCCGCGCGCGUCGUGCAUUACGGCGGGACGCGUACCGCAGGUGUACGGGUACGGGCCCGGGCGCGCGAACUGCCGGGUUACAGGUGCCCGGGCGAAACGGCGCACCCGUCCGUCGGGGGCUUCUGCGCGGCCGGCGGAGCGGCCAGAGCCGUUGGGUUUCGCGCGGUCGUUUCGGAGGUACGCGCGACCCGCUUGGCUUUGCGCGAACGGACGGAAUUAAGCGAGAACCGGGUCCGCCGUGCCGGCGCCGCGGCGUCACGGAACGUUUUUUUUUUUUAUUUUUCACGACUCGUCCGCGACGUCCACGGCUUCGGGGUCCGGCGGGUCUCGCCGCCGUAAAACCGUAAACGUAAAAGCGCGCGCUUACGGUCGCGUUACAAUAUCGUGCGCGCGCGUACGCGUACCUACGCUUGUGCGCGACACCAGACACGGGCAACGGUCCGAAAUCGCUUUUUUUUUUUUUUGUUUUCUCACUCCUUUUCAAGUAUUUUCAAACGCGUUUCGUUCCCGACCGAGCGAAAAACGUCCGAAAUUACCGACGGUAAUUUGCAAUACCGAUAUUUCGCGCGGAACUCAUCGGCGCGGCGUCCGCAACAUUACGCGCCCGCGUCACCGCCGAUAAACACGCGGGCGCGCGUAUUGCGGUUGUCGAUUUGUCCGUCCCGCGUCACGGAGCCAGCGUCACGGUCGCUCGUCGUUCGUCGCGUCCGCGUCGAUCCGCCAGCGACAAUUUCCGGGGUUUAAAUACUAUAGAAUAAAUCAGGCAAAAUGUGCAUUCAAUAAGAAAAAGAACCUGUUCACCUCCAGAAGCAUAGAUAUUACCAUCCGAAAGGAUUUGAUUAAAACAUACGUGUGGAGUGUGGUGUUAUGUAGUAGUGAAACUUGGACGGUCGCUAAAGCAGAAGAAAAUAGAUUAUUGGCUUUUGAAGCAUGGUGUUGGAGAAGGACGCAAGGAAUAAGCUGGAGAGAACAUAUGACAAACGAUGAGGUAUUCGCAAAAGCUAAAGAACGAAAAAUGUUUCAUGAAAAGUUUGAAGAAAAGAAGAACCAAAUUAAUAGUACAUAUACUAAGACAUAACAGCCUAUUGAAAAGAAUUAUGGAAGGAACGAUAGUAGGAAAGAAUGUAGUUGGUAGACCACCUCUGGACUACUUACAACAAAUAAUUAGGGAUGUGGACGUCCCAGGCUACAGACACGUGAAGAGGAAAGCGGAAAAUCGGGAAGAAUGGAGAGUUGCAACAAAUCAGCCCCACGGCUGCUAACUAAAAAAAAAAAAAUAUUUCGGCAGUUUUCCUUUUGGAAAAAGUCGACGACGCGCGUAGACGUUAUCGCGCCGGGUAGUUUGUCGACUAUUCCGCGGUAUUAACGAUCGGUAUCGAAUUUCAAUGUUCCCACGGCGGCCGCGGUACAGACUUCGCUGUGCGGACGCGGAACGAAAUGACGUACCGGGUAUUUUUCGAACGGAUUUUCAAACACGAGUCCGUAUGAAACACAUUGCUUAAUGCGAUAAAAUCAACCAUAUAACAGUCGAUCCGUGGCAUUGGGCUACAUUAAUGUAUUCGAACAUAAGUCAAUUUAAUACAAAAUAUUGUACUGUUCAAUUGGCUGCGACUUAAAAUCGUGUCAAAUUUUUUUUGUUUUUCAAUAUUGUCCUCCGCAUGCACGCCGUCCGAGGACAACGAUUAAUUAUUAUAUUCGAUGUUCCGAGUGUGCUAUCGGAAUGAUAUAUAUGUAUAUUAUUAUUUUAUGUCGUAUUUUAAAUAAAACAUUUUUUACACAACCAUAUUUUGUUUUUGUAAAUAGCUACCACGUUGUUAUAUUCCAAAUACUUUUUUUUAUAUACAACAUAAAUGUAUUCCAAAUUGUUCUGCCCACCGCGACGUACGUACAAAGUAUAUACCCACACGAAACACCGUGAGCCCGACGAGUUUUAUACGUUGUUAAUUCAGGGUCGAUAUGUUUAAAACGUUUAAAAAUACCUUAAAAUAUUUGAAACGUUUUGAACGCGCCAAUUUUUUCGUAUAAAUUAUUUAAAAUUUCAAAAUUUUAAAAUCGCAUAUACAGAGAGGAACGAAAAAAUGUAUUAUUUUGUUCUCCGUGUAUUUUUCGAGAGGGGGGAAUAGAAAUCGACAAAUUAUUUUAUUCGGUAACUUUUUGGGUUGUGAACUGGUCGCGGAUUAUACUUCGAAAAGUAAAAUUAUUUGUGUAAUGCGCGGAUACCCCUUCUUCUUCUUUUUUUUUUUUUUUAAACCGCAUUUUAAUUGAAAUGAAUAACAACUAAUGGAUUCUAGUAAAAAUGUAAAAUCACUAUAAUUAUUUGUUAGGUCAUAUAGUUUACCACAACAAUAAAAUUGAUAACGAAAAUAAUAAAAAAUGCAUUGCUUUAUAACAUGAACAACAGUAUUAGUUUAAAACUGUUUUAAAUUUAUUUUUUAAUGGAGAAAAAAACAUUGUUUUGACGUUUAAAAUUUUUAAAAAAUACUCGUUUAAUUUUUUUUUUUUUUUUUUUUUUUUUUUGUCAAUCCCAGUUGUUACAAUUAUUACUGUGCACAACUAUGUAAUGCGUUGGUCGUGUAAAUUUUGAACACAGCACGCUUGAUUAUAUCAUAGUAAGUUAUGCCAAUUAAAAAUGUCUAGAUGACAGAUAUUAGAAGUGUGUCAGCGAAGCCCCCGUGGAUUCUUCGAGGUCAGUACCUAUAUUCGAAGAGUAAAGGCAGUCCGAGGACGUUUUGCAGAUUAAAAUUUGUUUUGUUUUUUAUACAGUAUAUAAUAUUAGACUUGUCUGUGCGGACCAUACAGUAUAUAGUACAUAAUGGAAAACCAUCAACAGAUAUAAAGCAAUAAUGUCAAUUGACUUGAAAUACUAACUAUUUUUUUUUUUUUUUUUAAAUAGUUAUUGCCAUUUACCCAGCGAAAAUUAUUAAACCUGGAGUUAAACCCACGUUCGAUUCCGGGAACAUCGAACCGCACUUCUUUUGUAACUCUGAACUCGGCACCCGUUAUUGGGUAAAAAUUGCUGAUGAUACCUAUAUUGAAAUAAUGACAAUAUUGCAAAAUAUUAUGUAUGUUACAGGCACAAUUUUUUUUUUUUUUUUUUUUUUAGUUAAGAGUUACGCUGUCUGAACACUGUGUACAGCGCCCAAAUCUAAUUGGGCAAAACAGAUCAAACAUCGUAAACUAA